UGCUAAACGUAAACAAAGGGUUGAGUGAAAGGGUGACGUUAAUUUGAAAAUUUUAAGCAAAACAAACGAAACAACAAUGUGAGUCACACUUGCGCAAUUUUGAACCACAGUGAUCCAAUACAAUUAAGUGUAAAUUUCGCAAUAUCGAAGAAACAGCGAGAUCUAUAUAUAGAAGUGAUAUCGCGAGCGGAAGCCGCAGAGGAAAUGGUCGGUUGCAAGGUGCAGACCCGAUGACUACUAAUUGCGAAAAAGUAGUUUCAUAUCAACAUUAUCAACUUUUGAAGAGCCAUGGGUUCGUCGUAUAGAGAUGUCUUCAAAUUGUACGAUUUAAUACAGAGUGGAGACUCGAGGUCAGUGGAGAGUUUCCUAAGUGAAAAUCGAAUAGAUAUAAAUGUGAUAUUACCUUGUAAAGGCAUUGGUGUGUUACAUUUGGCUGUUGGUAUUGAGCCUUUAGAGAAAUCAAAAGAGUGCACAGAAGUAUUACUCAAGCAUGGAGGUGAUCCCAAUUUAUGUACUGACGAUGGUGUGACCCCAGUCCACAUUGCAGCCAUAUGGGGCCGAGUGCAGAACCUGAAGCUCCUCCUUGGCUGCGGAGGAGACCCCUCCCGGCUCGACCUGGACGGACACUCGGCCUUCGACUAUGCAGCUCGGGAGGAACAGUGGGAGGUGUAUGACUACCUACACAAUGUGGUGGACCAACUGGAUGAUAACUUUGGAUCACCUUGCGCAUAUACCUUAGAUUUAGAUAAAGUGCUAAUGACGACAGACCAAGUGGUCGCCGAAUACGAGCCCGUCAUCGGCAACCCUCUCCACCAUGUGUCCACCUGCAGGAGGUCUGAGAUGGUCCGCGACUGGUGCGAGAAGACCAGCCUCGUCAUGAACAACCUCUACCCCACAAUACUCGGAGAACAGCUGCUAGAAGACGAAUCAGCGCCAUGGAACACUGAUCUCACCAAAAACCUUGAUCUCAUUAAGGAUAGAACUAAUGACACUAGGACAAGCUACAAAACAUGCACCAGCAGACCAGUGGAAAUAGAAAUAAGCGGCGUACAAAGACUCGAAGACACUGUUGAAGAAAAAUGCUCUUGCCAAGACGCUAAAGAUUAUAAAAAACAACGCAUAAGCGUUUACGAAAACUUUUCGCUGCCCGGAUCGCCUAAUAGUAUAACACACGUAAAUUAUAAAACAAAGACGAGUUUGAAGAAAUGUAAGUCGCAACUAAGUUCUGAUAUGCGAAGAUUGACUUUAGAUGAUUCUCACUCAUUAUUGACUGAAGAUAAUUCACAAAUGGACAAGGCGUUGAUUGUGGUUCAGAAUAAGACAAAUGAGUGGUUGUCUAACCACAAUGACACGGAUAUAGGGGCCAUGAAUACCAGGAGGUCAUCGGCCAGCAGUGGUGUGAGCAGCAUUUUCUCAGGAGGCAGUAUAGUUAUAGCAAAUGUGCAAGAAGAGUACAAAUAUCAGGAUGAAGAGGAGGAUGUGGUGUUGAUUGAGAAGAGGCUACUUGUUUCGCCUGUUGUUCUUCCAGUAGACGAAGCAGCUGACACAAUUCCGGACCAGACAAUAGUAUCCGUAGCUUCCUCAUUACCAGCUUCCGUGGUCUACGACAGUAACACCCUCAGAGCGGAACUGGUCAAGCUGGGAUUCAAACCUGGGCCCAUUCAGGAAGGAACCAAAACUCUCUACUUGAAGAAACUACAAGCGCUCAAGAAACAACCAAUUGUUGUCAACAAGCAGGGCAAAACAUACAGUAUAGAACUUGAAAAAUCCUUGCGCACAAGUGACUGGAUGAAUAACCUAGCACCAUACAUAGAGCUGGAAACCAAAGCGCGCACGGACUUUACCAAUUCCAACAAGAAAUGGCGAGAAGGCACGGCGAAGACUUCCUUCACGUAUUUACUACUGGACCCCAGGCUAACGCAGAAUUUACCGGCCAAAGCGGGAUCACAGAACCAUCAUAUUUCCUGGGUCACCUUUGUCAACUCGAUAUUUUAUGUUGGAAAAGGUAAACGUUCCCGCCCAUACUCCCACCUGUACCAAGCCCUAACCCUCUGGAAGCGCGACUUCACCACCUCCAACGACAAGAAAGUCCAGCACAUCCUCGACAUCUGGUCAGACAAGGUUGGUGUCGUCUGUCUCCACAUUUUUCAAAACGUCAUCCCAGCAGAAGCUUACACAUACGAGGCGGCCAUGAUUGAUGUUCUAGGUCUUCCGAAUUUGAAAAAUUUAAAAAGUGGUAAUUAUUACGGCGUCGCGGCGUCCUGGCCGUUGAAAGAUAGACGGAUGCUGGGGUUGUACCUUUUGUACAAGGCGAUGCUUAUAUUUUUGAACGAAGGCGAGAGACAGUUGCGGCCUGAUGAUAUAGAUUAGGGCUUAGGUGUACCUACUCAACGAUAUGCCUAGCCACUCACUUGCUUUUGGUAACUGUAGCUACCAGCUGUCACCCUUAUUUUAUUAUAAUAAUAGAGGUCACUGAAAAAUAUCAAGCAUGUGAGUGGU